AUGGCUGCCGAAAAGUGUGCGGAAAUUGUUCAAAGAAUUUCAAUUUCAUCUGGCCAAGAACUGAUGGCAGCCUUACAGGACCUCAGUGCGCUUCUUAACAGCCCUUCCUUCAGUCUUAGGGAGUUGGUGCCGCACAUCCCGGUACAUUUGCUUUUCGGGUGUUUAAGCACUAAAAACGACGAACAAAUUGAUGUGUGCAAAGGAAUCCUAAAGAAACUGCUGUCUUUGGAAAAGGCAGACGCAGUCAUAAUGCAUUACCACGACUUUGUCAUCGAAGGAAUGAAUCAUCCAGUAUUUGAAGUCCGUGAGCUUUGUUUGAGUGAGCUGGAAAGAUGUUCUGCUACAAUAAAUGGGCUGGAAGCUCUUCUAGACAACGUUGAUGUGCUGGUUUACACUGUUCGUGCUCUGAGCGAUGAGAACCUUUCCUGUGCAAAGUUAGCCACAAAAACUCUGGUCAACACCGCUAAACAUGAUUCAGGAAUCGAACUUUUAUUUCAACACCAGAUUAAAAGUGAAUUCGAGGCCCUUCUGUUGAAAAAAGAUGUCAUUCGCUUCAGAGUAUAUGAGUUGAUAGUCACUAUCCAGGCUUUGUCUGACAGAGCCUUUGAAAACUGCAAAAGGUGUGGAAUUCUGGAGAAGCUUGGAAAAGAGCUAGAUGGUGAUGAUAUGUUGCUGCGUUUAAACUGCAUUGAACUACUGACCCAGAUGGCUGAUUCAGGAGAAAAUGGUCUGAUGUUUGCUAAAGAGAUUGGUGUAGUCAAAAGGCUGUAUAACCUUUUACUAAGUGGUGAUGCCGACCCUCUGAUGUCUCUUAUGUUACCAAGUAAGUGUCUAGAAUUGAGAAUUCUCUCCAAAUAUGCCACUUUGAAAAGUACCAUAAUAUUUUUGUAAAUGAAAUUGCCGUUUGGGUAAAGCUUCAUGUAAACCUCACAUUCACAUUAUCGUUUGUGCAUGUGUAGUUAUGGCUGAUUUCCAAAAAUACCAUAGUAAUCUAUAAUGCAUAAUAAUUCUGGCCUUUUUUGUUACAAUAGCACAAUUAAGGGUACAUUUUGGAGACUUGCACUAGAACCUGUUGCUCUGUCUCUAAUUAUUUAAGAGUCCUUUAGUCCUCCACAGGAAAAAAUAACGGAUUCCCAUUUUUGGAUAUUUUAGGGUAUUUAAAGAAUACCCAUAAAAAUCCCAAAUUUGGCAAAGUGAGACAAGUCCCAACCAGGGAAUUCCCAACCAAGUUCCCAGAUUGGGACUUGUCUCACUCUUCCAAAUUUGGGAUUUUUGUGGGUAUUCUUUAAAUACCCUAAAAUAUCCAAAAAUGGGAAUCCGUUAUUUUUUCCUGUGCUCAUUGCCAGUCUCCUCAAUGUAUUAAAAACACAAAGGUACUAGACUGUACUUAAACCAGUGCUGAAUGUUAGCACAGUUGUGUUUGUGGGCAAAUACCAGUAGGCUGAAUAUGGAAUUUUUCAACAAACUGAUGCAUUGUACAGUGUAUAUUCAAAAUCAUGCAGAAAAGAUAAUGCAAAAGUAGGGUUUACAUGAAGCAGUGCCCCAACAGUGAAUUCAGAAUAUUAUUAUGGUAUUUUUUGCGGCAGCCAUUAAUGUUCUCAUAACAGGUAAUCUCAUGAGUGAGCUUGAUUAUUAGCCUCUGUUCAAGAAAUAAUGUUUCCCUCCCCCACCUCUGGAAAGUAGCAGGACAUGUGAUCAUUGACAUUAUUUAUUGUAGCAUGCUAUUGUGUUUGACAGCUUUUUAAGCUUAAAACCUGAAAGUACUGUACAACAAAAAUAGUUAUAUUAAGGAAGCUGGUUUAAAUGGUGAGUUCAACCAAGUGGAAUUGGAUUGUAAAUACUUUCCAGUCAGUACUUAGAGUUGUUGACAUUCAGCAUAAAAGAGAUGAUUUUGAAGGCCAUUUGUUGUAAUUUUACACCUAACUUCACUCAUGCAAAGUCAAUGGAAGUACACCACUGUACCCUAAAUCAGUAGGCACUGCUGUGAAGUUUAUUGACCAAAGUGACUGAAAGGCAAAAACUGCAACACGUGUUUGUUUUCUGAUGACAUUUCCUAUUUAACCAAAGAGGACAUAAUCAUCUUGGUCCAUACCUGGCAGGCUAACAACAAAUUAGUUUCCAUGGCAACUGUACAGCCUGUUGAAAGCAGCCUUAAUUUUAGUCUUUAGGCUAUGGAAGGAUUUAGUUAACAGUUUUGAAAGUGUUAAAACUGGUACAGCUUCUUUAAAAAGCUGUUUGGGGUGCCUUUUGUCUGUCAUGAAAGAAAGAUUCCAGUUCUAAACCUCAUUAAGUGAUGAAUUUUUUAUAUUGUUUACACACUUAAAGUAUCUUAUUUUUUUAACCUUUAGGCAUCAUCAGGUUCUUUGGCUUUCUAGCUCAAUCCAGACCAGUGGAGGUGACAGAGCAGUACCCUGCUUUCCUACAGAAUGUUUUCUCUUUCCUGACAGCUUGUGAUCCAGCACUUAAGCUUAUUGCAAUAGAAACAGUCGGUGCGGUUUCACUGUCAGAGGCAGGCUUGAGGGCUGUCUUUGACAACACAAUCCGUAAUGACGAGGUGAUGAAAAUUUUGUGUUCGAACAUCAAAUCUUCUGAUGCUGACAUAAGAAGUAGAUCAUUAGAAGCACUGGUAUCUAUAUUUUAUUCACCCAAUGUUCCUUCUGAUGAGCUAUCGUUGCUUGCAAAGUCGCUGUUCACUGCCAUGACGUUGAAUCCAUUGCAGACCCUUUUGGACCUUUCCAGACAACCUUUUGAAGAUGUCCAUUGUGCCGUGUUGAAGGUGUUUACAAGCCUUGCUAAGUACAAAUGGGCUCAAGAACACAUGACAACGUGUCCAGGUAAAAUAGCAUCUUUUACCAACCAGAGACCUGCUUCUCGAAAGGCCCGGUAACUUCUCGUAUCCGAAGGCAAAUUUUAAAAUCAACUGUUGAACAGUGGCACAGUUCCUUUCUCACAAACGGCCAAUUUUGCUUCUUAACUGAUAUUUUCAUUGUAUCUAAUCUUCUUCAAAAUUUAAUAUUGAAACUUUGAUCUUGAAUGCAAACACGGCAAACAUAAAACAGUUUUUCGGGCCCGAAAAGUUAACGGGAAUUUCGAGAAACGGGCCCAAGACAAGUUUUCAGGAAGGCAGAGUGACUUAGGCUGAGGAACUCACAAGGCAGAUUUAUGUCUUACUCUAUCCACUAGAUAGAUUUGUAAUUGUUUCUCGGUAGUCCCGAAAGUAACUUCUUGGCCUUGCUUGUAAAUAGCCUGCUCUGUGGUUUUUUUUAUCAUGUUAUAUUUAUUUUUAUCAUAUAAACUGCAGUGUUUUACAAGGAUUUCUACCACCGAGAAAUGUGGUAUCUGAACACACGUAAAAAUACGAUAUUUUUACAUGUGUAGAUAUCGAUAAUUUCACUGACAUCAGGUUUGUCUCUUAAAUUGUAAUUAAAUUCGUGGGUGUAUCAUCAAAACAUCUUCGGGUCUUCCUCGAAAGUGCUCGGCAAUCUUCGGAAAUCUUCGGACAUCUUCGGAAAUUCUCGGAAAAUGUUCGGGAACGUUCGUCUGGUCUUCGGGACAAUUUGAAAAAUCUUCGGAAAUCUUCGGAAGGUGGUCGGAAAUCUUCGGAAAAUCAUCAAAAACGCCGUCAUCGGUAUGUUUUAUAUAAUAAAAAGAAUAUAACACGUUAGCUCGAAGAUAUGAAUUUUAUGUUCUCGUGGCAAGAGCAAUAUUGUUCUUGCCACUCGAACAUGAAAUUCAUACCGUAUUUAUUCGAAUAAGCGCCCAACCUCGAAUUAGCGCCCACCCCUCCUCCUCCCAAUCAAACUCAAAUAAGAGCUCACCCCACCCCACCCACUUGAGUGAAUAAAUUUUAAUAAGAGACUUUCCGAGAACGGAGUUUUCUUCAGAGUAUUUUACAGAAACCUUGCUUUGUUACUUCUUCGCGUUUUGUUAUUAGCAUUUAUUGUUUUGUUGCAAAAUAAACAUACUUCACUUGCUGAAAAUGGUGAAAAUUUAAUAAGCGCCCAGCCUCGAAUAAGCGCCCACCUCGAAUAAGCGCCCACUCGCAAGGUCCAAAAAUUUAAUAAGCGCCCAGGGCGGUUAAUCGAAUAAAUACGGUAUCUUCUCGCCACCGUGUAAUAUUCUCUAUUUAUUACUUUAUGGAGGUGCUUGAAAUGUAGCGAGAGCAACAAAAUGCUUUUCUAAUGGAAACAAAAGCAACAGAGUGAACCUUUUGUAUAUUUACAGGCUGGUGCAAACCGGCCAAUACUUCUCUUCAUCUCUCCAUAUCGUAAGGAAUUGCCAUAUGAGUGGGUGGUAUAAAACAGUCAUGCUGGAGAGCAGAGAGGCAUUGGCAAAAAUGGUUAUUUCUUUCGUUUGUCUUAUCCCAGUGCAUCUCUAUAUCUCUUCCAGUAUGGCCGUUAAGUACCUUGUGAGUGAGUUUUGGUUAGAUUAACGGUCCUUUCGCCUACGAGUCGUUUCGCAAACGUCCUGUUCGCCAACGCAUUAAGUCGGUUCGCCAACGUGCUGGGUCAGUUCCCCCCAAAAAACUAAUAGCUUAAAUAACGAGUUAUAUGUACAGCACUCGUUUUUCAAUCGCAGUACUAAUGUAUAAAGUAAAAUACUGGUUGUCACCAGGGUGUGAUUCUGAGUUGCUCAUGCAGGAUCAAUAGUACACAACAACGCCUAAAAAACUCUGCUUUUGAACUACCCCACUUUGAUACAGUGGCCUAUGGGAAGCAUUCGCUGCGCUACCAGGGACCUUUUAUUUGGUCGAAGGUAAGUGGUGAGCUAAGAAACUUAACAAGUCUCAAAGCAUUCAAGACAGAUAUACGCGUUGUGGACCUUUCGAGCCAUAUAGAUAAUAAUAGUAACUGCUGUGACCUGUGUAAAUCCUGAGUCACGUGCAUUUGUAUAUAGUUUUCAGGUUUUAAGUAAGAUCGUUAAUUCAAAAAUCAUUUAAUAGAUUAGUGCUAGCACUUAGAAGAGUGUCCCCAAUUAGCUUAUUAAAACUGUUAAGCUAAAUACAUCGACACCAAAAAAAGUUAUUAUUCUUCUUCUUAUUAAAUUGUUUCGUGGGCGAAACGACUUGACGUUAGCGAACGUGACGUUGGCGAAACGACCGGUCACCUUUGGGUAGCAUCGAGCUUGUGUUAGCACCUUCCCAACCCUAAAGGGCGUAAUAGCACAGCACAGGAAUGAUGUCAGAGUGAGUUUUGUUAUUUGUUUGUUCGUGUGGUUUUUUUUUCUUCAUUAGUGAGGAAUUCGCUAUUUUAAUUUCAAUUUUGUUUGUCUGAGUUUGGGUCUAUCAAAGUAAGUUUGAGUGGUGCUACUUUAAAACGAACUUCUGAGGAAAUUUCUUUUUCGCAGGUUUCCUGGAAUACCUUAUGGACAGGAGUACAGAAACUGACAAAGCUGGCAAAGAGCAGAAGUAUGAACUUAUCGUAGCACUUUUGCGGUCUCCAUUCUCCAAGGAAACGUUUGAGAAGCCGUUUCAUUUGCGACUGCGUGAAUAUGAACGCGAAGGUCCAUUCUACGUCCGAGUACAGGCCGCUGUAGCCUUCGAAGGAGCAGACUAGAACAACUGUGCAUCGAACGCAGCUUGUAGACAUUCUUGACUUCGAUAGCUUGACUGUGAUGUUUAUACAAAUUUAUUUUAAAAAAGUACUUAAUUUACAAGACAAAAACACUGAAAGAACUUUAAGCAAAAAUCACGAACAAUUUUGAAAAAUAAGGUACUAGCUGCUAGAAUGAGAUCAUAUAAUGACUGUAAUACAAGGCAUUGUUAGCAGUGUUUUAAACUAAGUCUAAUAACUAUUCGCAUCAAGCAUGCUCUCCAGACCAAACGUGAUAUUUGGUUAAAAAAUCCUGCUGACGACAUUAGCAUUUAGCUACUGCUUUUUAAACUAAUCCAAAAAGUCACUCUCAUUGCUUUGUCACCAUGAUUAAGGGUGGGAUUUCACAUUAAUGCUUGAAAUCCAUAGAGAGGACAAAAGGACAAGGCUCACGAACGCCUUCAAUGAUUUCAUCUUAGUUUUAAUCCUUUAAAGAAGACGACAGACUGUUUCUUAAGCAAAUUAAAGAGUUGUUGAAAGUAUGUAAGGUUGCCCUUUUUGAUUAUUCACAAAAUACGAAAAUGAGUUUCUCAGAAAGAACACAAUCUAACCCGACUUAACAAUCUGACUUAAUAAACACUAAAUCUAUAUUUUUUUUCAAAAAGGUGUUUAUACUUGUAUCCUACUACAUGAGUAAUUUCUGCAAUUUGCCUGGC